GCUUGAAGAAUUGGAAUGAAAUUUUUAAUCAGUUUCUAGGAAUCUGGAGGAUAAGAAGAUAAGGACUGUUGAGAGCAAUAUUCGUGAUGUUACCUUGACUUCAGUAACUUUUGACAUAGCCUCUUGUAGCAUUGCUGUAGAAUAGGGAAAUAUAUAUUUAAUUAUGUGGUAAACAAGCAACGUGUUUAAAGACCAUAUUUGAAGAGUGGCUACCUAUAACUCGCUGUGAAAAUCAGAGGAAGAAGGGGGAUGGCACAAGGAAUUGUGUGAAUACACCCCUGUUUGUCUUGGGCUGAGCUUUAUUUGCUGUUCUCUUUACUAUGUAGACACGGGAAUACUUAGUAAAUCUGCAAGUAAGUCUAAGCAGAGGGGCUCGAGCGUUGUGAAGCAGAGUUCAGGAUUAAAUGUCUACGGCAGAAUGAAAAAUGUUUGGAAAUCUGCAUCAUAUAACUUUAUGAGCUGACAUGAAGAAAUACAAAAUGGGGAGGACAUGGUUAGGCUUCACAGCCACAGAAGAGUGCUUUGGGACACGUGCUGGAUCAGCACCCACGCAGAAGCCUACAGUUGCAAAGAGGACAACCUCCAUCUGGAGUGUGUUAAAAGAAUUGUUAUUAAAGGAGUAAUUCUGUGUUUGUAACACUGGAUGUACUGACUGCUUGCCUCACACUGAAGAGGACGUGCUCUGCUUUGGAAUAUGGUGCCUAAUUUCUGCAUCCCACUACUCACUGUGCCAGCAGCCAUCCUUUGCUGCUUGAUGCUGCCUUCAGCAGGAGCAGACAGCAAGCCAACGUUUAUGAAAGCUCCUGAAGAUCAGAUUGGGAUUUCUGGAGGAGUGGCCUCUUUUGUGUGUCAGGCAACAGGAGACCCCAAACCUCGUAUCACAUGGAUGAAGAAGGGGAAGAAAGUCAGUUCUCAGCGGUUUGAGGUUAUUGAGUUUGAUGAUGGAUCAGGAUCGGUUCUGCGGAUACAGCCCCUGCGUGUUCAUCGAGAUGAAGCUAUCUAUGAAUGCACAGCAACCAAUAGUGUUGGGGAGAUAAACACAAGUGCCAAAUUAACAGUGUUAGAAGAAGACCACCUCCCAGCUGGCUUCCCCACCAUUGACAUGGGCCCACAGCUGAAGGUGGUAGAAAAGGCCCGCACAGCCACAAUGCUCUGUGCUGCCAGUGGUAACCCUGAUCCUGAAAUCUCCUGGUUCAAGGACUUCCUUCCUGUUGACACUGCAACCAGCAAUGGGCGAAUCAAGCAGCUCCGCUCGGGAGCUCUGCAAAUAGAGAACAGCGAGGAGUCAGACCAAGGCAAAUACGAAUGUGUUGCAACCAACAGUGCAGGAACCCGAUACUCUGCCCCAGCAAACCUUUAUGUUCGAGUGCGGCGUGUUGCUCCACGAUUCUCUAUCCCUCCGAGCAACCAUGAGGUGAUGCCUGGGGGGAGCGUGAACCUCACAUGCGUGGCAGUAGGUGCUCCGAUGCCUUAUGUGAAGUGGAUGGCUGGUGUGGAGGAGCUGACCAAAGAGGAUGAGAUGCCCGUCGGUAGGAAUGUCCUGGAGCUGAAUAACAUCAUGCAGUCUGCCAACUACACCUGUGUAGCCAUCUCCUCCCUCGGUAUGAUAGAAGCAACAGCCCAGAUCACUGUCAAAGCACUGCCAAAACCUCCAACAGAGCCAUUAGUGACUGAAACGACAGCUACCAGCGUGACCCUCACCUGGGAUUCGGGCAACUCCGACCCCAUUUCAUAUUACGUCAUCCAGUACAAGCCCAAGUCCCUGGAGGGUCAGUUCCAGGAGGUGGAUGGUGUGGCAACAACGCGCUACAGCAUAGGUGGGCUCAGUCCCUUCUCAGAGUAUGAGUUCCGGGUCAUCGCAGUCAAUAACAUUGGCAGAGGACCCCCCAGUGAGCUGGUUGAGGCUCGUACAGGAGAGCAAGCUCCUUCAAGUCCACCCCUCAAAGUCCAGGCACGAAUGCUGAGUGCCAGCACCAUGCUGGUCCAGUGGGAGCAGCCAGAGGAGCCAAAUGGACAGAUCAGAGGGUACCGCGUUUACUAUACCACCGACCCGCAUCUGCCUUUGAGCAUGUGGCAGAAACACAAUACUGAUGACAGCCACCUCACCACUGUGGGCAGCCUCAUCACAGGGACCACGUACAGCAUCCGUGUCCUGGCCUUUACCUCAGUGGGCGAUGGGCCCCCCUCGGAUAUCAUCCAGGUCAAAACGCAGCAAGGGGUUCCUGCCCAGCCAGCUGACUUCCAGGCAGAAGCAGAGUCUGACACCCGCAUCCUGUUGACGUGGCUGCCUGCCUCUCAGGAACGCAUUACCAAAUAUGAGCUGCUGUUCUGGGAAGGGGAGGAUGGCACUCAGCAAAAGGUGGAGUUUGACCCAACCUCCUCGUAUGCUGUGGAAGGUCUCAAACCAGACACGUUGUAUAAGUUCCGUCUGGGUGCCCGCUCAGAGCUGGGGGUAGGAGUCUACACCCCGACGAUUGAAGCCAGAACUGCCCAGUCCACCCCCUCUGCCCCACCCCAAGAAGUCGAGUGUAUAAGCACCAGCUCCACUACCAUCCGGGUAAGUUGGGUGCCACCGCCUGCCCAGAGCCGCAAUGGGGUCAUCACCCAGUACUCCAUUGCAUACCAGGCAGUGGAAGGAGAUGACAACACCAAGCAUGUGGUGGAUGGCAUUGGACGGGAGCACUCCAGCUGGGAGAUCAAGGACCUGGAGAAAUGGACCGAGUACAAGGUGUGGGUACGGGCUCACACCGAUGUGGGGCCAGGACCGGAGAGCAUCCCCGUGCACGUGCGCACUGAUGAGGAUGUGCCCAGUGCCCCACCACGAAAGGUGGAGGUAGAGUCUGUGAAUUCGACUGCCAUCCGGGUGAGCUGGAAGCUGCCCAUCUCCAACAAGCAGCACGGGCAGAUCCGUGGGUACCAGGUUACAUAUGUGAAGCUGGAAAACAAUGAGCCCCGAGGGCAACCAGUGAUCAAGGACGUCAUGCUGUCAGAAGCACAGUGGAGAACUGAGGACUCCGUCGACUAUGAGACAGUCAUUGGAGGCCUGCUGCCAGAAACCACCUACUCUGUCACAGUCGCUGCCUACACCACCAAAGGAGAUGGUGCCCGCAGCAAGCCAAAAGUCAUCACCACCACAGGGGCAGUCCCGGGGAAGCCCACCAUGAUGAUUAGCACGACAGCCAUGAACACUGCCCUCAUCCAGUGGCACCCACCCAAGGAGAUGGUAGGGGAGCUGCUGGGUUACCGGCUGCAGUACAGACGUCUUGAUGAGGAAAAGAUGAACACGAUAGACUUUGGGAAGAGAGACCAUCACUACACUGUAACCAACCUGCAUAAGGGGGCCACAUACCUCUUCAAAUUGUCUGCCAAGAACAGAGCUGGACCAGGAGAGGAGUUUGAAAAGGAGAUCACUACUGCAGAAGAUGUGCCAAGCGGCUUCCCUCAGAACCUGCGUGUGGUGGGUCUCACCACUUCCACCACAGAGGUUGCAUGGGAUCCCCCAGUCUUGGCAGAAAGAAAUGGCAAGAUUGUCAACUACACAGUGGUAUACAGGGACAUAAAUAGCCAACAGGACCUGGUUAACAUCACCAAGGACACAAGUAUCACUCUGACAAAUCUGAAGCCCGAUACCACUUACGACAUCAAAGUGAGGGCCCGCACCAAUAAGGGGGUUGGGCCACUCAGCCCCAGCAUCCAGUCCCGGACCAUGCCUGUUGAACAAGUGUUUGCUAAGAACUUCCGUGUCAAUGCUGUCAUGAAAACGUCUGUGCUGCUGAGCUGGGAAGUGCCUGACUCCUAUAAAUCUGCAGUGCCUUUUAAGAUUCUGUACAAUAGCCAGAGUGUGGAGGUGGAUGGCCAUUCGAUGAAGAAACUCAUAAGUGACCUCCAGCCAGACACGGACUAUUCUUUUGUGCUGAUGAACCGUGGGAGCAGUGCUGGGGGUCUCCAGCAUCUUGUCUCAAUCCGCACUGCUCCUGAUGUCUUGCAGAGCAAGCCCAUUGCCACCAACAAGUACAUACAGGAAGGAAAAUUCACACUCACCCUUCCCAAAGUCCAGACCACUGUGCCAGUUAGGUGGUACUACAUCGUGGUUGUGCCAGCUGAUCAGAGCACCAGCAGCCCAACUGCUCGGUGGCGGACACCUGAUGAGAUGGAGCUGGACCAGCUGCUGGAGGCCAUAAGCCAGGGGAGUCAGAGCAGGCGCCAGCGACGCCAAGCAGACAGACUGAAGCCCUACAUUGCUGCACAAGUGGAUGUGCUGCCUGAGACCUUCACCCUAGGGGAUGAGAAGAACUACAAAGGUUUCUACAACAAGCCCCUGUCUCAAGACCUGAGCUAUCGCUGCUUUGUGCUGGCUUCCCUGGAGGAUGGAGACACGAAGAGAUAUGCAGCCAGCCCCUACUCAGAUGAGAUUGUGAUGGAAGUGGCUUCAGCAAAGCAGCAGGAUGAACCGGAGAUGCUGUGGGUGAUGGGACCUGUCCUGGCUGUGAUAUUAAUCAUCAUCAUUGUCAUUGCUAUACUCCUCUUCAAAAGGAAAAGGGCACACUCCCCCUCUUCCAAGGAUGAGCACUCCAUCGGCCUGAAGGACUCACUCUUGGCUCACUCCUCUGACCCAGUUGAGAUGAGACGGCUCAACUACCAGACUCCAGGCAUGCGUGACCACCCCCCCAUCCCUGUGACGGACCUCGCCGACAACAUUGACAGGCUGAAAGCCAACGAUGGGCUGAAGUUCUCCCAGGAGUACGAGUCCAUUGAUCCAGGACAGCAGUUCACCUGGGAGAACUCCAACCUGGAAGUGAAUAAGCCAAAAAACCGCUAUGCAAAUGUGAUUGCCUAUGACCACUCCCGGGUCAUCCUGACCUCCAUCGAUGGGGUUCCAGGCAGUGAUUACAUCAAUGCCAAUUACAUUGAUGGGUAUCGGAAGCAGAACGCCUACAUCGCCACGCAGGGUCCUCUGCCAGAAACCCUCAGUGACUUCUGGAGGAUGGUGUGGGAACAGAGGACAGCAACUAUAGUUAUGAUGACCAGGCUGGAGGAGAAGUCCAGGGUAAAGUGUGACCAGUACUGGCCAAGCCGGGGUACAGAAACCUAUGGGAUGAUCCAAGUGACCCUGCUGGACACAGUCGAGUUGGCAACCUACACUGUCCGCACCUUUGCACUGUACAAGAAUGGCUCCAGUGAGAAACGAGAACUGCGACAGUUCCAGUUCAUGGCUUGGCCUGAUCAUGGGGUUCCAGAAUACCCCACCCCAAUCCUAGCUUUCCUGCGACGGGUUAAGGCCUGUAACCCACCAGAUGCUGGGCCCAUGGUUGUCCAUUGCAGUGCUGGCGUGGGCCGAACCGGUUGUUUCAUUGUCACUGAUGCCAUGCUGGAGCGGAUGAAGCACGAGAAGACCGUGGACAUCUAUGGCCACGUGACGUGUAUGCGCUCUCAGCGUAACUACAUGGUGCAGACAGAGGACCAGUACAUCUUCAUCCACGAGGCCUUGCUGGAGGCAGCCACAUGCGGCAAUACUGAGGUGCCUGCGCGCAAUCUCUUUGCUCACAUCCAGAAGCUGACCCAGGUGCCACCAGGCGAGAGCGUUACAGCAAUGGAGCUGGAAUUCAAGCUGCUGGCCAACUCUAAAGCACAUACCUCACGUUUCAUCAGUGCCAACCUCCCGUGCAACAAAUUCAAGAACCGCCUGGUGAACAUCAUGCCCUAUGAGCUGACAAGAGUCUGUCUGCAGCCCAUCCGGGGUGUUGAGGGCUCUGAUUACAUCAAUGCCAGCUUCAUAGAUGGGUACAGGCAGCAAAAGGCCUACAUCGCCACGCAGGGACCGCUGGCUGAGACCACAGAGGAUUUCUGGCGGAUGCUCUGGGAGCACAACUCUACCAUCGUGGUGAUGUUGACAAAGCUGCGCGAGAUGGGCCGGGAGAAGUGCCAUCAGUACUGGCCCGCAGAGCGCUCUGCCCGGUACCAAUACUUUGUGGUGGACCCCAUGGCAGAGUACAACAUGCCACAGUACAUCCUCCGGGAGUUCAAGGUGACAGAUGCCAGGGACGGCCAGUCACGGACCAUCCGCCAGUUCCAGUUCACAGACUGGCCUGAGCAGGGAGUGCCAAAGACGGGAGAGGGCUUCAUCGACUUCAUUGGGCAGGUGCACAAGACCAAGGAGCAGUUUGGGCAGGAUGGGCCCAUCACAGUGCACUGCAGUGCUGGGGUUGGACGCACAGGCGUGUUUAUCACACUCAGCAUCGUGCUGGAGAGGAUGCGGUAUGAGGGGGUGGUGGACAUGUUCCAGACAGUGAAGACCUUGCGGACACAGCGGCCAGCCAUGGUGCAGACAGAGGACCAGUACCAGCUGUGCUACAGAGCGGCACUGGAGUAUCUCGGCAGCUUUGACCACUAUGCAACGUAACUAGUGCUUUCCUCCAGUCGCGGUGGGGAUGUCUAGGAGUGGAGAUGGGUUCCUCUGAGCCAGAGCUGCCCAUUCCUCAGUCCUUCUGUACAGGUGGAGGUGCUGCCCAGGCAGCAAACCUCCAUGCCAACCAGUUCUGACCACGGCAUUUAGGAAUUUCGCCCCAGCGCCAAACGAUGGAAUCUGACUCCAAAAGCAUUUCCAGUCUCUGGCUGAAUUUCUGCUCAUGUGCAUCUCUCACCCUCUCUCACGCGACUGCAUUUCACAGCGAGGCUUUAGGUGGGUGGAAUGGGAUCUUUUUUUUAAACAUGUAAAAUAGUUACUAGUGGUUUUUAUAAUCUCCUCUCUGUUUAUUUUUUAUUUUUUGCAAGUCUUAAUGUUUUGCCCAGGCAAAACUGGACCCGCCAAACUUUGGGGAGUUGGGUUUGGUUUUUUUAAAAUUUCCUUUUGCUUUUACAUUUUUUACUGCCCUGUGUUUAUUUCAGCCAAGUCACUGCUGGUUCUGCCCAUUUUAGUGCAGCUUCCUUGGUAAUUUGCAGCAGCUGGCUUGUGGUUCCUGCCCGGCUCCAUUCCCCGUAGACUGCUUUUUAAUCCUCUGUAGAAUAUGAAAUUUCAUGGAACUGAACCUAAGCUACCAAUUAUUUUUUUAGCCUUUCCUUCCCCUCCAUUAUUUCCUGAGUAGGUUUGGGUUUGGGUUUGGGUUUGGGAGGGCACGUGGGGUCGCCAGAGAAGCGGUCCCCUUUGUCAGCUGGAAACUGUUCAGUCCCAUUACAAUGCGUGUAAAACCAAUUCAGUGACCGUGUGUAUUGGCAGAUCCUGAUCUGACGUUGAGUUGUCAUCGCCUUGUUUGUGAGAGACCCAAAACCCUUGGGUUCCGGGCUUUGGAGUCUCUUUGUGUGUGUCUCGCUGGGAAGGGGGAAGGAGAAGUAGGUGAGUCCCACAAUUCCCCAGAGAGGGGGUGGGAAGAGCGAGACAUGGCCUUUUUUGUUAAUCCCGCGGUUCUGUGCGUGCAAGCGCUAUUCUGUCACCUCUCACCAGUGAAGAGCAUCAGAGAAUUGACAAAGGCAAGGAGCACAAGCCCAGUUGUCCCCAGAGCAGAGCCAGGCAGGCUCCCUUUGGAAGGCAGGGUACUGCAGGGAAGGGGAGGGGAGUACACAUGGCUUCAGAGGUUGGGUGUAUCUAUAAUUUCUGCUAUCCUGCAAAUGUUAAAAGUUACUACAAUAUUGUACUUUCCGCUACUUCAGGACGUUCUAAUGAACCAAUGUGGCAAGACUACUGGACUUAAUUUAAUGGUACUAUAUAUUAAUACUCCUUAUUAUAUCACGCUUGCACUAAAGACAGGGAUUGAGCAGCCCUCUUUUGAGUGCAUUGAGUUAUGAAUAAAGGUGGUGGAAGGGUAUCUAAUUGUAUUAUCACAUGUAUUCCAAAUGUUAAGAUUCCAGGCUACGUUGAAAUCAGCAAUCCAGGGUUGGUAACGUUGGAGGACACAUUCAUUUUUACCUUGUGGAUGCAUAGUGCUGUAGGGGUCACUGUUGUAUACAGUCUGUUUUCUAUUUGUUAAUAAAAAAAAAAAUCUACAGCAUCAUUGCAUAAUUCUUGAUGUUAAUAAAUUUGAAUAAUCGGGUUUCAUACAA